AUGAAGGCAUGCAAAUCCGGAAAAGUUCAGCACGUGGAACUCCUCCUUUAUUACGGAUCCGAUCCCAACAAGCAGAACUGCAGUGGGAACACGCCACUCCACAUUUGCGCCAUCAACAACCAGGUCUAUAUCUUGAUUUGUAUGUUUUUGUUUGUUUGUUUGUUUGUUUGUCUGUAUGUUUGUUUUAAGGUUUGUAUGAGGGUUUGA